ACCCAUUUUUGCUCAAUUGGUUGUUUGAGUGAGAGCAAGUGAAAUGGAGCUGUCUCAGAGGAAAUGGGUUGAAAUGUCCGACUAUGAGGAUGCUACAAAUAUACAGCAGACCACAUAUGGGCCAGAAUCAAAGACUGAAGACAUCUACCAAACUCUGCAGUCUCCAGCCUUAAAUGUUGUCAGAUUGGAAGAAGGGCGACAACUACCGGUGAGACUCAGACAUCCAGCUUUCCUGUUGUCCUCCUUCGUUACAAUACUGUUAUUAGUCGUCAUUCUCAUAAUCGUGGGUGUUCACUAUCAUCAGCUCACUGACUCUGUCCCUCCCAUGAAUAGAGUUUUAGGGCAGGGUGAUGAGGUCUGGUUCCAUCACCAGAGGAUCUUCUACCUUUUUUGGGAGGGUGAGGGAGAUUGUUCCAGCGCCCAACACUUCUGCAAGCAGAGGAACACCACCCUUGCAACACUGAAUCUAAAUAACAAGGACUGGGUGUUGUUAAGGGCCAAAGGGCAGCGUCUGUGGGUCAUGGAUGACUUGACAGAAGGCUCUGCAGAUGACACAGGAUCAACACCGGUACGCCAACACCAACUCGCAGUAAACAAUUUUUACGACGAUGAUGAUUACUAUGAUGGGGACAUUUUGGGGGAUUCAGAUGACUCUGUACCUGGCUGUGGCCUCCUGAAUCUCAGUCCACCUCCAGACAGCACAGAGCCCAGCCAGGGCUGGGUGUGCCAGGUAGAUGCUUCCUCGCCUGGUUGUACUGUCUCUCCAAGAUGGAAACCCGGGCUUGCUUAGUUUUAAUAUUUUGUUCCAGAACACUGCUGUCUUCCCAAGCAAAAAGGGCCAGUAAUUGUCUUUGUGGUCAAACUUGAGUUGAUGUUGCUUUUGGUGCAGGUCAUUUGCUUUCACACAUGGUUGAAUCUUACGUCUCAACUGUGUUUGGAGAAGUUAGGGGGGUCUGAUCGGCAGGAACUUCAUAAACUCAAUUUAAAAAAAAAACUUAGAAGUAACAAUUUUCCUCAGGACAUUAUUUUUUACAUUGAUUGGAGGGAACCGGCAUUUACGUACUUGAUUUGAUGUUUACUGGAAUUUGUCAAACAAAAAAGUUUUAUAUUUUUAUGAACAAUUGUGAGAGUUAUAUAUAAAGGCUUCAUUGCCUUUUUCCUGUGUUCAGGAAAUGUAUGAACUUUCUCAUGACUUUGCACCGAUGACACCAAGUGGGCACUAUACAUCGUUGUUAAGAUUUGACUGUCAGACUUAUAGGACCUUUUGGACAAACGUUAUUUAGCAUGAACUAAUACAAUGUAUGUUUUUAUGCUAAGACUUUAUUGUAUUAAAAUACAUACUGUAUACUGUCAUUAAAGUAAACCAUUGGUAUAUAAACAAACUAUAAA